UAGCCGGAGAGAGGAACAGGGAGAUUUAUCUUCACUGAGGCUGUGCUGAGGAGAGAUAAGAGCCCCGGCGUUUUCCCUGGAUGUCUGUCUCUCUGUACUAUUUUUUUGCUUACCUCCCCCCUCUCUUAUUUAAUUGUCACUCUUCUUGGCUGGCACUGCAAUGUGGCUGUCUCUGCAGUGAAAGUGCUGCCUGGCAGAUUCUCCUUGAGUGAACCCUGGUUGUGCGCAGUGAGUGCUGCUCUGCCUCCGUCCUGUCCACACUGACUCAGCUGUGCAUGCAGUUGGUCAGCCCCUGAGUGAGCACCAGCUGCAGGAGCAGUCCCUUCUAAAGGAGUGCUACCCUGAAACAGCUGCAGGUGCAACACUUGGAGUACACGCAUCCACAGAGCAGCUUCCUGAUUUUUCCAGUGAACAGAGAGUAUUCUCCUAGCUGUCGGGGCCAGCGUUGGAUACUGCAGCAUCAUUUGUUUUGGAGCAGCUCUAGCGGCCAUGGAGGUCCGGUGGAUUGGGGUUGAACCCGUGAGGCUGGGCCCUCCACACACAACCUGUGGGCUGGUCUUCUCUUUGCUGCUUGGUGUGUGGUCUGCUCAGGCCCUUGAGAUGUCUGUCGGGAAAAUUCCCUUCCUUCAGGCAGUGAAUGGGAGCACAGUUACUUUGCCGUGCACCUAUGCCAGCUGUAUUGGCAUUGAAAAUCUCUACUUCAACUGGCAGUUCAAUGACAACGGCACCAUGCAAAAGGUCUGCGAGUCAGUGAUACCUUCAGAGGGGGUGGUGCCAGAUGUGACUAUAUUCCGGGAGCGUGUGGAGUUUGUGGGGAAAAACCAUCAAAAUAACGUCUCCAUCUUGUUGUUGAACAUCACCUUUGAGGACGGGGGACAGUACACGUGUUUUGGACGCAAUCCCAAAGAGCACCACAAGAACCAUAGUGCCAUCUUCAACCUCAUAGUGGUUGACGAGUUGAGGGAGGUGGACAACACGCUGACCAUCAUCAUAGCUUCGGCUGUGGGUGGGGCCAUCGCGCUGCUGAUGGGCUUCAUGCUGCUCAAGAACUUCACUCUCUUUGUUCUCACCAAACUCGAGGAGAAAAAUAAGGAGUGCCUUGUAACUUCAUCAGGGAUUGACAACACAGAAAAUGGCCUCUCAGGAUCCAAAGCUGAUUCAAAACCAACACCAAAAAAGAAAUGAGACAGUGCAUGUAAAAACAAGUGUAUAUAAAUAUGACAGUGCUCAUAUUUAUAUACCUUCUCUGGAUAUUUGUAUAUGCUCAUGUGUUUGCGCACAUGCAAAUUCAUUAUGUUCAAGUUAAAACCUUAACUCUGGUUGUGGCCUUCAGAGGGAAAUUACACCAAAUGUGUACAGAGAAGUAACUGUCCAGAUGAUGUACAACUAGAUAUUAUUUAAAAUGUGCACAUCAUUUUUGCAUAACUGCAUAAUUUACAUAAACAGUAGCAGAUUAGAGAUUAGAUGAAACUUUAAUAAUCCCUCGGGUGGGUUCCUCCGGGAAAUUCAGUUUCCAGUAGCACAGCACCGACAGAAGUUGCAUGUUACAGAGCUGGAAUACCAAAUAAAGGGGAAACAACUAACACUUGACUUAUUUAGGAUAUCCAGACAGUAACUGAUCCUGAUGAAAUGUAACAAACAGGUAAUGUAUUGAGGCUUGGUGGAACACAUCAGAAAUCUCAAAUGAUCAUUAUCCCCAUGUUGUCUUUCUGGGUGGGUCAAUUCAGACGUCACUGCUCUGGCAACAGCAGUGAAGGUUUGAGCUUAAAUGGACUCGACAACACGAUGCAACAUGAUGAAAGAAGAUACUUUACAAAAGACUAUGUAUUUCAGGAACUUGAAAUGAUUUUAAGUGAUUAAUUUCCUAUUAUUUUACAGGCCCUGUAAAAACAAGAAGUUUGAAUAACUGCUUAAAUGAAUAUUUGGCAAUUCAAUUCACAACUACAGUCUUCAUCUGAUACAUUGUUACCAAGCUGUGAAAAAAUUGUAAUAUAUCUGUCGGCAUAAUUUUUUGUUGUUUUGUGUUUAUACUUUGACCAUUAUAUAUUAUUUUAUAUACACAAUUGAUACCAAAUUUAAAUGUUGCUAUGUCUUUUACAGCAGUAUAGCAUAUAGUCAUGUGAAAAAGAAAGUAUGCCCUCUUUCACUUCUAUGUUUGCAUAUCAGGACAUAAUAACAACAACAACAACAAAACUAAUAAUACUAAUAAUAACAAAUGUACUUAGUGUGUACACUAAGUACAUGCUUCAUUAGCUUGUACAAUCAUCUUUAACAGCAAUAAAUUGAAGAAGUCAGUGUUUCUCAUAUUGUUUUUAGAGGAAUUCUUUAGUCCACUGAGAUGUGCAGGCAUUCAGGUACUGUAUGUCUGCACACCUCUACACUCUAAAGUCCCACCUCAGCAUUUUUGUUUCUUUUUCAGCCAUUCUGUACUUUGCAUUACCCAAUUUAGACCGCUGCUUUAGCUGUCAGGCAAAUGGCUUCACAUUUAACAUCAAAUUGACUCUAGAAUAUGUUUGUAAUAAGAGGAGUUUGUGGUUGACUCAAUAACUGUGAGGUGUCCAGGUCCACCGCUACCGCCACGUUUUACAGUUGGUGUGAGGUGUUUUUUGCUGAUGUGCUGUGUUUGUGUGGUAUUGUGCAUUAUAGCCAAAUGUCUCCACUUUGGCCUUGUUUGUCCAGAGGACAUUGAUCCAGGAGUUUAGUGGUUUGUCAGAUGCUUUGUUCUUUUUAGAGGGAAGGGACUGACAUGUUCAGCCUUUCAGUUUUUUAAUUGUCGUGUCAUUAACUUUAGCAUUUACAUGCUAACUGAGACUGAGAGUCAAAGAUCUAGCUCUUGAAUAUUUUUCAGUUUCUCUGUGCACUGCAUGGUCUGACCUUGGGGUGAAUUUUCUGGCAACUGUCCUGAAUGGUUUCCACAUGAGAAUGGGCUUACUCACAGUAAAGUUCAAAUUGUUUGGAAAUUAUCUUAUGACCCUUCCCAGCUUGAUGGCCAGCAACAGAUGUUUCUCUAAGAUCAUUACUAAUGUCUUUCUUCUUUUGUGUUUUUGAGUUAACAAACACCUGAAUGCUCCUAACUGCAAUAUUAAUUCCUUAAGAUCUACUUAUUUUUUUCAUCGCCUGAAUUUACGUAAUAAAAUUCCUGUUAAGAACCAGAUAGUUUGUUAACAAGUCAUGUCAUGGAAAACCUUAGAGCUGAAAGAGGGUGUACUUUCCUUUUUUGCAUGACUGUACGUACUGUUGGCAAGUGCUUCCUGAAAGGAUACUACUGGGUUCCUCUCUAUAAUAUUUUAAGACUUACCUUAUCAUGUAAAGGCCCCUGAGAUACCUGGAGCUAUAUAAAUAAAACAGAAAUGAACUAAACUGAAUAAAGGGAAACCAAAUGCAUGCUCAUUUUUUAACCACUCAGAUAAAACCUUCAGUAUAUAUAUAUUUUUUUUUAAUGAAAAAACAACUGAUGUGCACAUUUUAUGACAUCGUAAAAUGAGGAUGUGAUGUAAUGUACACAAGCAAUACUGUGUGGGUCCAUUGCUGAAGCGAUUAUUAACUGCUACCACAACCAGAGUUGAAAAAAAAAUAUGUGACUGUUUUUCAUCUGAAGUCAAAGAAACUUUCUUUGUUUAGGUGCUUGAAACAGGGAAAAAAUGCAAUAUAAUACAACUGGGCUGAACCGUCCUUUAACUAACACCAAAUUCACUUACAACAGUAAAUAUAUCUGUAUAACUUUUUACACAACAUUCAGAUUGUCUGAUUUAUUCAAACAACCAACACAAAGACUGUAUCGACAGAAUGCGGCAGGAUUCAGCCCAGUUCUUCAUCCUCUUUGCUUGAUAUAAAACACAGGUGCCUGUUAGUGCUUCUAUGCUUGUCUGUCACUUAGGACGACUACAUGUUGUAAAGCAGUUUUUAAAAACUCAAAAGCAAAAAGUAACACAACAAGCUUCUUAAAAUAAAGGAUAGACAAUCCCCUGAAACC